UGUGGUGGUGUACCUCUGAUCACGGAACUCAGGAGGCUGAGGCAGGAGGAGCAUAAGUUUUAGGCCUGCCUGGAGUCCAGAGUGAGACUCUGUCUCAAAAAACAUAAAGCUGAAUGACACGACCCAGAAAGUUAACAGAGGUGAUCUCCGAAAGGGAAAGGGAAUUUUUUUCCUUUUUAUUUUUCUCUUGCCCCUCUCCCUUGUUUUUUAAAAAAUAUGUCACUUUUCAAAUACCACUUUUGAAGUCAAGAAGAUUUCUUCUUGCAGCAAAUGAAGCUUUGGGGCUGGUAGAGCUGAGCAGCUGUCGCAGGGUCCCUCAGGGACCACUAGGUGGCGAGAACAAAGGCGACGUGCGGCCGUGUCUGGGCGUGUGCGCCCGGGCGGGGCCGGACCGUCUGGCCCACUCUCCCCUGGUAGUGCGCUAGGGUUCCAGGCCGCCAUGGCCCGGCCGCGUGUGCGGUUGGUGGUCACUGCCGAUGACUUUGGUUACUGCCCGCGGCGUGAUGAAGGCAUCGUGGAGGCCUUCCUGGCGGGGAUCGUGACCAGCGUGUCCCUGCUGGUGAACGGCGCGGCCGCGGAGAGUGCGGCGGAGCUGGCCCGCAGGCACGGCAUCCCCACCGGUCUCCACGCCAACCUGUCCGAGGGUCGUCCCGUGGGCCUGGCCCGCCAUGGCCCCUCGUCGCUACUCAGUCCUGAAGGCUUUUUUCUCGGCAAGAUGGGGUUCCGGGAGGCGGUGGCGGCCGGACGCGUGGCGCUGUCCCAGGUGCGGGAGGAGCUAGAGGCCCAACUAAGCCGCUUCAGGGAGUUGCUGGGCAGGCCCCCUACGCACGUGGAUGGGCACCAGCACGUGCACGUGCUCCCAGGUGUGUGCCAGGUGUUCGCCGAGGUGCUGCAGGCAUGCGGGGUGCGCUUCACACGACUGCCGGUGGAAGGCGGGCUGGGCGGCUGCGGGUGGCUGGAAGCCCCCGCGCGUGCUUUCGCCUGUACGGUGGAGCGCGAUGCCCGGGCUGCCAUGGACCCCUUCUCUCGCCACGGCCUGCGGUGGACAGAUGCUUUCGUGGGCUUGAGCACCUGCGGGCGAUACAUGACUGCUCAGCGUGUGUUGGGGGCCGUCACGCGGGCUCUGGAAGAUAACCCCACAGGCCAUACUCUGACCGUUGAGCUGAUGACACACCCGGGUUACCCCAGUGUGCCCCCAGCUGGAGGUUGUGGUGAGGGUCCGGAUGCUUUCUCCUGCUCUUGGGAGAGACUGCAUGAACUUUGUGUCCUCACAGCACCCACGCUGAGGGCAGGGCUGGCCCAGGGCGGGGUGCAACUGUGUGCCCUUGAGGACCUGGAGUCCAAGAGGCCAGAAGGAGUCUCUUGAGAGUCCACUCUGGAAUCUUCCCUGGACCGUUCCCUACCCUAAGCACUAAUGCUGCUUAGUGUGGAGGAAAGGGAGCAAGAUGAUGGUCAGGUGCAGCCUGGAGGGAGGCCCUGGAGUAGGGUCUAUGCCUUCCCAGAGUGACGGACACACUGCCAGCUCUGUCGCCAGGCUCUCAUAGCUCAGCAUGGCAGCCGGCGCUUCGCUGUAGGCAGAUCCAGCCUGUGACAUCAGCGUCUGGGGCCUGCAGUGUUGGGUACCAAUUCUUGUUGCAAUGUGAACACUUGAUUGUUCAGUGGCAGUGGGCAGAGAUUUUAUGUAAAUAAAAGAGUAUAUGUCUUUCA